AUGGAGGCAGGUCUUCCUCUCAGGGCUGCAGAGGUGCUGAACGCCUCUCAGGUGGGGGUCUUCUCUCUGUCCGCGUACCUGGACUUGGGGCUCCUGCGGUACGCCUGCUUCCUGCUGGUUCUGGGCGUGUACCUGCUCAUCGUGUUCUGUAACGUCCUCCUCAUCGCGGUGAUCUGCGUGACCCGGAGCCUGCAUGAACCCAUGUUCCUGUUCCUCUGCAGCCUGUUUGCCAACGAGCUGCUGGGGAGCUCCGGCCUGUUCCCCUUCCUGCUGCUGCAGAUCCUGGCGGACGUCCACCGGGUCUCCGCCCCCCUCUGCUUCCUGCAGGUCUUCAUCGUGCACGCUUACGGGGCGGUGGAGCUCUUGAACCUGGCCGUCAUGGCGUUCGACCGCUACCUGGCCAUCUGCCGGCCGCUGCAGUACCACGCCCGCAUGACGUCCAGGCGCGUGGCGGCGCUCCUGGCGUGGACCUGGGGCCUCCCGUUCUUGGCCAUGGUGGUCUCUCUGACACUGAUUGUGCCUCUGCGUCUGUGCGGCCGCCACAUCCACAAGGUCUACUGCGACAUGCACUCUGUGGUCAAGCUGGCGUGCUCAGACACCACCGCCGCCAACGCCUACGGCCUGGUGGCCACCUUCAGCACCAUCCUGGGCGCGCUGCUCUUCAUCCUCUACAGCUACGCCCGGAUCCUGGCGGUGUGCUGCUCGGGGUCCAGGCAGACCCGGCAGAAGGCGGUCAGCACCUGCUCGCCUCACCUGGCCUCCGUCCUCAACUUCGCCAUCGCCGGCAGCUUCGAGGUUUCCCAAAGCAGGUUCAACAUGGCGCACGCGCCGGACGUGCUGCGCGUCUUCCUGUCCGUCUACUUCCUGAGCGCCGUGCCGCUCUUCAACCCGCUCAUGUACGGCCUGAAGAUGAGGAAGAUCAGGAACGCCUGCGUGAGAAUCCUGAGCAGGCGACUGGAACGCCAUCUUCAUCACAAGGAGUGAGGAA